UUCACCGCAGUUUAUCAAUUUUAGGGUUUAUUUUGGUUCCAUGCCUUUGAAUCUCAUGCGUAACCCUUUCUUUAAGAGAGAGACUUAACCGCACUGCCGCUUCUCCCUAGUGACGCCGUCCAUCGCCAUCCAACGCCACCACACCCAUACCAUCAUCUUCCUUGAUUUGCUAAGAUGAAUGAGAAGAAAGUUCAGCAAUUUCUUUCAAGAAGUGCUAGAAUAGGCGGGAGAAGAAGAAGAAGAGGACAAAGAAGAAGAAAUCAGCAAUCUUUCCAUCUUCCAGAACAAAUCAUCGAAGAAAUACUGUCGAGAAUUGCGGUGAAAUCACUGUUGAGAUUAAGGUGCGUUUCGAAAUCAUGGGGCUCUUUAAUUGGCAGUGAAAGAUUCAUAAAAAAACACCACCAAAAUUCGUUGAACAACCCUUCUUUCCCCCAACAAAGGGUUAUUAUACAGAAGAAUAUGGUUGAAUGGCCUAUGCAAUGUUCUCUGUUGUCGAUUUUGAGUGGACCAACAAAUACUAUCCCUUUAUCUCCUUUAACUGUUCCAACGAAUACUACUGUGCCGGGAUGUCAAAUUGUGGGGAGCUGUAAUGGGCUGCUCUGCAUUGUCAAUGAUCAAAAUAUAAUAUUUCAGUUGUGGAACCCAUCCACUAGAAUCUCCAAGAAACUGCCAGAAAUUUCUAAUCCCAACUCUGAUGUUUGCAAUUUUGGGUUUGGUUGGGUUGAAUCGACUAAUGAGUAUAAGGUGUUUGUGCUUGUGGUUGAUUAUUAUGAUAACUCCAAGGUUGGUAAAGUUUAUAGUUCAAAGACAAAAUCGUGGAAAACAAUUGAGCUCUCCUAUGAUUUAGUUUACUGUUCGCUAGGAGGGGUGUUUGCAGGUGGGAAGCUUUACUGGAUGAACGAACGUGAUAAAGUUAUUAUUUUCUGGGACUUGAAGAGUGAGGUGUUUGGAAGGAUUGAGCUUCCCUUUGAUCAAGAGGUGUAUGAAAAGAUUGGUUUGCUUGGUGGUUUCCUUUGUGUGCUAUGUUUUAAUGAUCAAAUCAAAAGCUUUCGAGUUUGGGUUAUGAAGGAGUCUUGGGAGAAAGUGGUGACUCUUUCUCAUCUUCUUGAGCUUCUUCAACCACCAUUGGUGAAAGGUCUAUAUGGAGACAUUUUGGUAAAUUGUGGAUCCACUAUGGUGGUUUAUAAUUGUCGAGAUAAUGUGUUCCGCCGCCUCAAGUAUCGUUCCUGUUGUCAGCGGGUUACUGGGUUCUGCAUCCACAAGUAUCGUCUACAUUGUGUCUAUGUUGAAAGUUUACUCUCGCCAGAAGAUUUAUGAAACAACGUCGUACGUAGAACAUUAUUGGAUGCUAUAACUGGUAGCUCCAACUAUGAAGAUUCGUACGUCAAAGUUCCUAAGGUCUUAAAUAAGAAGUAAUUUAGUUGAUUUACAUUAUGCGACUUUUCUCUCAAUUUAUAAUUUCUGUUGGAUAUUUUGUCUUCUUGUGAGCUCUAGCCUAUUUUCUUUUAAUUCCUAAUUUAGUAUUUUUUUCUCUUCUUGUGUUUGUACUGCAUGAAAACUAUUUCGCCUCCCCAAAUUCGAC